AUGGCGGCGGGGAAGGCGGCGAUGAAGAAGCCGUCGUCGUCGUUCGGGACGCGGGCGUGGCGCCUGCUGCGGCUGGCGGUGCUGUGGGCGCGGAAGGGCGGCGUGGUGGCGCACAGCCUGCGCCUCCUCCGCACGCUUCGCCGCCACGGCCACGGCCUCGCCGUCCUCGCCGGCGCGCGCGGCGACCGGGACCGGCUCCGCUGUGGCGAGCGCGAGUACUCCAUCGACGAGACGCCGGCGUUCCGGUUCCGCACCCCGUCCGCGCGCGUGCUCCGCCUCAUCCCCUGCAUCGCGCCGGCCCUGCCGGACACCCCGGGCCUCUACGGCGACGACGACCACCGCUACUUCUUCGCCGCCGCCGCCGCACGGGAGAUGGACGAGGAGGGCGCCGGGUACUGCUGCUACGGCGACGACGACCCACGGAGCUCGCGCGACGUCGAGGAGGAGGAGCUGAGCUGCUGCGGCUAUGACGAGCAGCUGCUGGAGCGCGUGGUGGCGGAGGCCUGCCGCGCGAGCACGGCCGGGUCAAUGGUGGCAGGGGACGGCGGCGAGGACGCCGGGGUGGACGUCAAGGCGGAGGAGUUCAUCGCCAGGUUCUACGCGCAAAUGAAGCUGCAGCGCCAGAUCUCGUGGCUGCAGUACAACGAGAUGAUGGAGAGGAGCAUCAGCUAG